AUGGCUAUGUGCAAGUUUUCAAUCCUCCCCCUUUUCUUCCUCCUCCACUUCCCUCGUACAUUUUCAUUGGACUUCGAUCUUUCGGCGAUUGGUACCAAUGAUGCCAAUCGAAACAUCAAUACCUCAGGGUCUGCUUAUAUAUCAACACAAGGUAUUCAAGUCACACCAGAUGAGCGAAACAUGGCGUUGGACAGGAAAGCAGGUCGGGCCACCUACGUCGACCCACUGCAUUUGUGGGACAAGAAUUCUGGGAACUUGACUGAUUUUUCAACCCAUUUCUCUUUUGUAAUUGAUUCAGGUGGGAAUUCUGCGUUUGCUGAUGGGCUUGCGUUUUUCUUGGCUCCAACUAAUUUUAGUACACCAGACGGAGCUGCUGGUGGUGGCCUUGGCCUUGCAAGUAAUCUGCAACCAGGCCAAUUUGUUGCAGUGGAGUUUGAUACUUACACGAAUUAUUAUGAUCCGCCGGGUACUCAUGUAGGUAUUAACGUUAAUACUAUGAAAUCUGUUGCGAACACAACUUGGUUGAAUGGUAUUCGUCAAGGGAUGCAAAAUGAUGCCUGGAUUAGUUAUAAUGCUAGUUUGAAGACUCUCAGUGUUGCUUUUACGAGUUUUUCAAAUAAUAGAAGUCAAAUUCAAAACCUCAGUUUUGUGGUAGAUCUGAGGGAUUACUUGCCAGAAUUUGUUACUUUUGGCUUUUCAGCUGCAACGGGAGCUUUGUUUGAGAAAAACAAUGUUAAGUCAUGGCAGUUUUCGAGUUUACCACUUGAUGUUGUUAUCUCGAAAGUUCCAACUCCGAGCCCACAACCACAACCAGAUUCCAACGUUGUCACCACUGGUGGAAAGAAAAAUAAUAGGGGACUGAUUGUCGGAUUGAGCACUGGAGUGUCAAUUCUGGUUCUUGCUUUGGGUUUGGCGGGCUAUUUGUUGUGGAGAAAGUAUAAGAAGCAAAAAGGGAAUGAGCAUUUUCAUGAUCUGUCUAUGGACAAUGAAUUCGAAAAGGGCAGUGGCCCUAAAAGGUUUUCAUACGACGAAUUGGCUUUGGCGACAAACAACUUUUCAGAGGAGGAUAAGCUUGGAGAAGGGGGGUUUGGUGGAGUUUAUAGAGGUUUCUUGAGAGAACUUAAUUUCCAUAUUGCUGUCAAGAGGGUAGCGAAGGGAUCUAAGCAAGGAAUAAAAGAGUAUGCAUCAGAGGUGAAGAUUAUCAGCCUAUUGAGGCACAAAAAUCUUGUGCAACUCAUCGGUUGGUGCCAUGAAAGAGGAGAAUUCCUACUUGUUUACGAGUUCAUGCCAAAUGGCAGCUUAGAUUUCCAUCUAUUCAAAGAAAAAUCACUUUUGCCAUGGGAAGUAAGGUACAAAAUUGCCCAAGGUUUGGCCUCGGCUUUGCUUUAUCUACACGAAGAGUGGGAGCAAUGUGUUGUGCACAGGGAUAUAAAAUCUAGCAAUGUUAUGCUGGAUUCCAACUUCAAGGCGAAACUCGGUGAUUUUGGAUUAGCUAGACUUGUUGAUCACGAAAAAGGAUCCCAAACAACAAUGCUUGCUGGGACAAUGGGAUACAUGGCUCCCGAAUGUGUCAUAACUGGCAGGGCUAGCAAAGAAUCUGAUGUCUACAGCUUUGGAGUUGUAUUACUGGAAAUAGCAUGUGGAAGAAGACCAAUCGAUACAAGAUUACGAGAAGAUCAAGUAAGAAUGGUGGAAUGGGUUUGGAACCUCUACGGAAAGGGAAAACUACUCGAUGCAGCAGAUCCAAAACUAUGUGCAAAAUUUGAUGCUCGAGAAAUGGAAUACUUGAUGGUUGUUGGGCUAUGGUGUGUUCAUCCAGACGAUAAACACCGGCCAUCAAUAAGGCAAGCUAUCCAUGUCCUUAAUUUUGAGGCAGAGUUGCCCAUACUUCCCUCAAUGAUGCCAGUGCCAACAUAUUUCCCUCCUAUAACUAACAUGGGUUCAACAGCGCAAGGGAGUAAUGAACAUCAAUCUCGGAGCUAUGGUUACAGCACCAAUUCUUCAAACAUAACCACGUCUUCUGCAGCUUCUAGUCCAUCUGCGGCGCUUCUUUACACAUACUGA